AGCUCCUCCAUCAACCCACUUCACAGCAGAAACCACACCCAUUUCGCCCGCUAUGUCUGACCGCGAGUUCGGUGGUAACGACGACUUGUCGCUACCCAAAGCUACUGUUCAGAAGAUCAUCACCGAGAUCCUGCAUUCCGACCCCGGCGUCACAUUCGCAAAGGACACGCGUGACUUGUUAAUCGAAUGCUGCGUCGAGUUCAUCACGCUAAUAUCAUCGGAAGCCAACGAUAUCGCUGAGAAGGAUGCGAAGAAGACAAUAGCCUGUGAGCAUGUCAAGGCUGCGCUGGAGGAGCUUGAUUUUGGGGACUACGUCCCUGCAGUCCUUGAAGUCGCAGCAGACUACAAGAAGCAACAAGCCAACCGCGAAAAGAAGCAGACAAAGAUUGAACAAAGCGGCAUGACGGAGGAAGAGCUCAUACGGCAGCAACAGGAACUAUUCCGAUCGGCUACUGAUAAGUUUAAUGCUGCCCAAUAACAGCUCUCAGACUUACCGCAAUGCCUACGUGCUUUAUCAUUAUCUUUCAUGAAUGGUGUUACUGGCGUUAGUUGUGUAUUUCAAAACUGGCGUCAAAGGUAGAUGGAACCAGCCAAGACGGCCGCUCCUCAGCUCAUUUCAUACAGAGGGAACUGUCAAACAAAGGAGUUCAUGAAUGUGCAUGGGGACAGGCGAUUUCUUGUUAUUUAUACAUGCAGGCGAGACGGAUACCCAUCAAUCAGAAGUGCGAUAGCAAAACACAGUGAAUGUAAAAUCUGCAAGUCGUC